AUGCCGGAGAAAUCUUGGGAUGAGGCUGGUGGCUUGUUUGACAAGUUGGGAAGUGAUAUUGGAUCUCUCUACGACGACUUCGCUACGCCUGUCAUGGCAACGUCAUAUGAGAAUGACCUCCGUCGGGCUAUGCCCGGAGUUGAUCUUUCUUUUCUCGAAACGGGUUUUGGCGGCUCUCAAGAUCCUGCAUCGACACUCACUGAGGAUGUUCGGCUUCCGCUGUUCUCUGGAGAAAAUCACGACAAAGACCCAAAUUACUGCUCUUGCCUUGACCAUCAGACAAGACUUUUAUGUGAGCUGAAGAAUACCGAGUGUAAGCGUUCAGAGACAGCAGUGCCUUUACUUCUCCAGGCAACCCAGGAUAGCCAGGCGCUGUGGGAGCGACUAUCCAAUCGUUUCACUUGCCGACGCGAUCAAGACUCGGUGUCAGUUUUAAUACUGGCUAUGGGUCUUCGGAGUAUACUUCAGGGUCUGCAAUCUCUUUUGUCAAGGCAACGGUCAUCGUCUGUGAGGUCUUCAGCAUGGAGUGGAAGCUCCAGCGGAGGAAGCAGUCAAAGCCUCCCAUUCGACCAAGCGGGUAUAGAGUCUUUUAACCGACGACUCCAUGGCCCCACUCCCAAUACCAUCCGUGUUGGCGGCUUUCAAAUCCCGCACGAUGAGCAAGCCUUUCUCACAGACGUGCUGAUCGCUCGCACGUUCAGUAAAAUCAAGCGAAUUUAUGAUUCCAUGGUUAACGAUGUCAAUAGAGUGCAUGAGAGCCCCUUUGUAGCCAUCAGUACCAGUGACAAACGCCCAGUUCACUUCGUGUUGGAAGAUUUACAGACAUUGGUCAUGGCUACGGAAGAUUCUCUUCGGGCCAUCAUUCAUCGAUGA